UUUGUUCAGUGUUGUUAGCUAGUUAGCAGGCAUGCUGGGCCCAACCGGUGCUGCAAAAUACUCAAAUACAUUGUUAAAAUUCGCCAGAAAUUCGCAAGCCAGCGAAAAAUUUGUAAUUACUAGGUAAACAAGCGAACCGCGCGCGUUGCGUUAACAACAAUAAGAUGUAUAUAUGAGAAACUGCACACCGUACACAGACACUUGUCACCAGUAACCCAAUACCAACGCGUAUACCGCAACACACACGCAGCAAUGGGACUCGACUUUGAUGUCGUGGAGUACUGCAAAGGUGUGAAAUCAAAACAGUCCCAGCCGCCGUUCGCCUGCCCGGUGCGCGACUGUGAUCGCAGCUAUAAAACACUUGUUGGCCUGCAGGGCCAUCUUACCAACUACGACCACGACAAUCCGCAGCCCCUGACGCCAGUUCUCAAGCCGAAUCGAAAAAGGGCGCGCUCAUCUCGCGCGCUCCACUCAACGCCCAAAGACAACGGCAGUGGCGGCGGUGGCAAUUCCGAGGGCGAAAACGGCUGCGGAAAUGGCAGAACCACCACAAAUCCUGAGUCCUUGGUCUCCUACAACGAGCACGAGGGCACGGUCACCUUUAACAUCGAUGGCAAGAGUGUACGGCUCGGCAUUGAUGAUCCGCUGCCAAUGGUCGAUGAUGAUGAGUUUGCCGAGCUUGUGGAGCGCGGCUGUAUAUUGAAUGCGGAUGCGCCGCCGCUGGAGGAGAACGCUGCGUGGGCACAGGUGCAGGUGCCCGUUGCGAAUGUCUGCGAAAUCGAUGACUACAAUGUGCCUGAUGCGCCGCCCAGGCCCUUGGCCUACUAUCGCUUCAUUGAGAAGUCUGCCGAGGAGCUGGAUGGCGAGAUUGAAUACGAUGUGGAUGAGGAGGAUUCCGCUUGGCUGGAGCACAUGAAUGAGCUGCGCGCCCAGCAAAAUCUCAAUGCGGUCAGCAUUGAUACCAUGGAGCUGCUAAUGGAUCGCCUCGAAAAGGAAUCUCAUUUCCAGGCAGCGGCUAACGGCACGCCCACUGGCGUCGAGGUGGAUGACGAUGCGGUGUGCUGCAUUUGCUUGGAUGGCGAAUGCCAGAACACGAACGUGAUACUCUUCUGCGACAUGUGCAACCUGGCGGUGCAUCAGGACUGCUACGGCGUGCCCUAUAUACCGGAGGGCCAGUGGCUGUGCCGGCGCUGCCUCCAAUCGCCCAGCAAGGCGGUUAACUGUGUGCUCUGUCCCAAUGCCGGCGGCGCGUUCAAGCAAACGGAUCACGGCCAGUGGGCGCAUGUGGUAUGUGCGCUGUGGAUACCAGAGGUGCGCUUUGCCAACACAGUGUUCCUGGAGCCAAUUGAUUCUAUCGAGACCAUACCGGCUGCGCGCUGGCGCCUCACCUGCUAUGUGUGCAAGGAGAAGGGUCUGGGAGCGUGUAUUCAGUGCCAUCGCAACAGCUGCUAUGCCGCCUUCCAUGUGACCUGUGCGCAACAGGCGGGCCUCUAUAUGACCAUGGACACGGUCAAGGAUGGCCACAACGAUAGCUCUAUGCAUGUGCAGAAGUUCGCCUACUGUCACGCACAUACGCCCGCAGAUGCAAAGCUAAAGACGAACGUCCCGGACUUCGAGGACACGCGCAUGAAAAUGCGCGAGGCGCGCAAAGCGCUGGCCAAGAAACGCUCAACGGCGCCGGUAGUGCUGAUACCGACAAUACCGCCGGAUCGUGUGCACGAGAUCGCGGCCAUGGUGCACAUGCAGAAGAAAAAGGAGUUCCUUGAUCGCAUCAUUGCCUACUGGACGUUAAAGCGGCAUUAUCGGAACGGGGUGCCGCUGCUGCGUCGGCUGCAGAGUCAGGGCAACAAUCAUGGCGUCAUCCAGCGCAAUGGCAUCGAGGGCUCACCGGACACGAAGGAGCUGUACCGGCAGCUCAAGUACUGGCAGUGUUUGCGGCAGGAUCUGGAACGGGCGCGUCUACUCUGCGAGCUGGUGCGCAAGCGUGAGAAGCUCAAGGUGGCAUUUGUUAAGAUCUCCGAGGAGGUGGUCAUGCUGCAGCUAAAUCCCCUGGAGUCGGCAUUGGGCAAGCUGCUGGAUGCGCUGGAGACACGCGACACCAUGGAGAUAUUCCGGGAGCCGGUGGACACCAGCGAGGUGCCCGACUAUAUGGAUAUUGUGAAGCAGCCCAUGGAUUUGGGCACCAUGCGCACGAAGCUCAAGGAUUGCAAGUACACUAAACUGGAGCAGCUGGAGGCGGACUUUGAUCUGAUGAUACAGAAUUGUCUGGCGUACAAUAACAAGGAUACGGUAUUCUAUCGGGCUGGGAUACGCAUGCGCGACCAGGCGGCGCCGCUGUUCGUGCAGCUGCGCAAGGAACUACAGCGGGACGGAUUACUGGAGCGCGGCCAUCGCGCUAAUGUGGAUCAUGUGGAGGGUGAGGUGGAGCAGGAGCUGCGACAGCUGCUGGCGAUGCCGCCCAGCGAGGAUGUGGUACAAAAGCUGCUCAUACUGGCCGACAAGUCGCAGGUGCUCAAGAAUCCCAGCUAUCGCACCAAGAAGAUUAAGCAAAUCCGCCUGGAAAUCAAUCGCAUGCGCAAAUCUCUGCAAAAGGCGCGCUUUGCAGCGCGAUACUCUUCGCAUGCGCACUCCCAAAGCGACGAUGACAAUGAGGAGACGCGCCUUAAACCCUCCAAGAAGCGAACGCGCAAACGUCUCAAUAGCAGCGCCAUGGAUCUGGACGAAUCGCAGGAGCUGCCGGCGCAGCAGCACGAUGAUGAUGAUGACGACGAGGAUGACUCCGAUGAUGAUUCAAUGGCCGACGAUGGCGCCAGCAAGGACACCACCCAUAUGACCCAAACGCCGCCCUGCAGUCCAGUCAAGAGUCUCAACAAUAGCAGCUCACCCGUGGGCAUUAAUCGAAGAACGGCCAUUCUCUUGACGCGCAAGGCGCAGGCGGCACUCAAGCGCCCAUCGGAGCCCCUGACGACGCCUGUCAAGGAAGAGCACCACAAUUCUCAGUCAUCUAGCACACAAUCGACCAGCGCCAGCUCCAGCUCCACCACAACCGCAGCCACCGCCGCCUCCAGCACGCUGAAUGCAUCGCUUGCUGCCAGUGCCACGCCCACGCCCAGCAGCUUUUCGUUGGCACACAACAGCACAAGCGCCGCCGGAGUGGGAGCAGCCGGCGCCAGUCUAACCUCCAACGCGCUGUCCAUAAGCAACAAGCUGAGCCUAAGCCUGGGCGCGGGCCUGGGGCUGUCCAAGUCGCCUAAGCGGCCGGCGCGCUAUCGCCGUUUGCCUUCGACGUCACCAAAGAAGUCACCGAAUCCAGCGGCUGCAGCAGCAGCAGCAGCAGCGGCGGCGGCGGCGGCGGCAACGACGCCGUCGACAACAACGGCCCCGUCAAUACCUGCGUUGGCGCCAGCGGAUCCACUGCCCUUUGAGCGCAUUCCAGACAGCUUUCGUGUGUACCGAGGGAACAAUCAGCGGGACGUUAGCGAAAGCGACGAUGGGCCCUCCCAGUCGAGCAGUCCGUGCAGCAGCUGCUCCGACUUCAGCAUGUCCGGCAGCUGUUCGGAUUUUGACACCGAUGAGGCGAGCGAUGGGGAUGCGCACAGCGAGGAGGGCGACUCGGAUAGCACGAAGGCGAAUGCUAUGCGCGAUGACUCGCAGGAAGAGUGCACCACAGAUGCCAUGGAUCUGCAGCACGCGAGCCUGAACAAUGCUCAGGGCAAUGGCAACAUGGCUAUCAGCAGCAGCGACAGCAGCUCCGACAGCGACGAUGACGACGAGGAGGACGAUGACGACGACGACGACGAGGAGGGGCCAAACAGCGCCGACCUGCUGGAUGCGAAUGCCGUGGGCAAACAGCGUGUCACACGCAGCACACCAACGCCGCUGCAGGGACGUGGCGGCGCGAUGGCGGCUGUCCGUGGCAGAGGCAAGCGGCGCAGCAAUCUCAGCGAAUCGACCAGCUCCACGGCGACGCCGCCACCCCUGCUGCGCAAGGCGGGUAAACUGCGCUCGGCCACGCCCAAUGCGUCGCCGCUUGUAAAUAGCAUAAAGGCGAGACGAAGCACCACCACAGCCACCAGCAACACCACCCUAACGAAUAACAACAAGAGCAAGCCGCACCACGAGCUGGAGGAGACGGGCACUGCCGCCGCCGCCGCCGCCGCCGCCGGCGAGGUGCAUGUGCGGCACAACAACAGCAGCCAGAAGGCGUCGCUGGAGCCACUGCAGCUGGUUUGGGCCAAAUGCCGUGGCUAUCCCUGGUAUCCGGCCCUCAUACUCGAUCCCAAGACGCCCAAGGGUUUUGUGUACAAUGGUGUGCCGUUGCCGGCGCCACCAACGGAUGUGCUGGCGCUGCGACAGAAUUGCCUCGACGAUGUCGUCUUUCUGGUCCUCUUUUUCGAUGUGAAGCGCACCUGGCAAUGGCUGCCGGCCAACAAGCUGGACAUACUGGGCAUAGACAAGCAGCUGGAUCAGCAGAAGCUCGUCGAGUCACGCAAGCCCGCGGAGCGCAAGGCCGUCAAGAAGGCGUAUCAGGAUGCGUUGCACUACCAGAGCCAGGUAUCCGAUCUAGAGGGCCAGGGCCCCGAUCCCAUUAUGUGAAAUCUGUUUGCCCAAUUGCAUUUAAAUGUUAAAUGUUAAAUGCGCCCCCGCCUUGUAAUCACAACCCGUGUAUGCUCUAAUUUCUCUAAUUAUGUAUAGCUCCAUAUAAAUAUAUAUUUAGUUCUCGAAAUGGACCAGCCUGGGAGCUGGACGGCUGGCUGAUGCUACUGUAUUGUUACUGAGAAGGUGCCCUCCAUAAGUGUAUUUCGUUGAAUUUUCUUCACUUUUCGCAACUUUCCAAUUUUACACUGCAAGUGUUGUUGUUGUGUUUUUUUUUUGUUUAUUUAAAGCGAGAGAAAAUGCAAGCAACAAAAUUAUUAAAUAUUUCGAUACUUAGUUCAAUUUUUGUAAAAUAUAUUUCAAAAAUCCUUUGCAACAACAACAACAACAACAGAAACAACAACAACAAAAUGGAAUUUAUAACCUCAAGACGUUUCAAAUAAAAAUCAAAUCAAUGUUUAAGUUAAAUAGUUUUAAGCCGCAAAAAACAAACAAAAUAUAAUUAGUUAAGCGACAAAUUUGAAAAAAGGUGUAAAAAGAAAAAACAAACAGAAAAACAAAAAAACACAAAAACAAAACAUUUACAAAUAGCAUUAAAUUGUAUAUGUGUGUGUGUGUGUGUAUAUCUGUGUGUGUAUGUGCGUGUCUGUAUUUGUGCGUAUGUGUGUGUGUUUAUUGUGUUCCGUUUUUAAUUUCCAUAUGAACAAAUAUGCAAAAGUUUGAUUAUUAUUACGAUGUAUUACGAUGAUGAUGAUGAUGAUGAUUAUUAUUAUUAUUAUUAUAAUUACGCUGUGUAAUUAAUGCAAAUUAUUAGAAUUAAGCGUCAAGCGUAGAAAAUUAAGUUAUUGUAGUAGUUGCCCAUAACAAGAUUGAAUAUUGUUUAAAUUUAACGGUAAAGUAAAUGCAGAAAAUAAAUGUUUUAAACAAA